AUGGACAAACUGUUUCAGAUGGGAAGCACGCGGUACGCCCGCAGUUCAUUAACAUUCAGCGGCCCCUCCUCCAGUGCUGUCAUCACAGGGCAGCAGUCUAAUGGCUUCCCCGUGGUUUCCAGUCGGUCUCUCAGCUCCUCUCUCUCCUCUAACAGCGGUAACAACCAGGAAUACAGUAGGCAGCUCACAGCUCUCAACUGCUCUGUCAGGGACUGGAUCACCAAGCACGUCAACGGAAACCCUCUCUGUGACCUAAACCCCAUCUUCAGGGACUAUGAAAAGCACCUGGCCAGCAUCGAUAAGAAGUACGGAGGGACUGGAGCUGUGACUGGAGCUGCUGUGGUGGUGGACGGAGGCUCAGAGAGCAGGAGCAGAGCAGAGGAACCAGUGGAGAAGCAGGCAGUCAGUACACCACCACCACCCUCCUCUAGCGCCGCCAGCUCGACCACCACGGCCCCGGUGUUCUCCUUCAGUAAGGACAAGGACGGCAGCGCUACAGCCCCGGGGGACAGCUCAGCCGCUCCGAUCCCCGCUGGCAUCAGCUUUAGCUUGGGCCAGAAGGGGAACAGCUCAUUGUUGGGGUCUCUGAGCACCGGAGGAGCUCCUAGUGUCUCCUCCUCCUCCCUGUUUGGAGGCGCUGCUCCUCCUGCCUUCUCCUUCAGUGGGGCCAAAGCGGAGGCUGCCCCCACCCAGACCACAGAUGAAAACGGGGAGGAGUCGGAUGAACCUCCCAAAGUGGAAGUCCAGGAGAUUAAGGAGACUGACGCGUUCUACUCCAAGAAGUGUAAACUGUUCUACAAGAAAGAGACGGAGUUCAAGGAGAAGGGAGUUGGAACGCUGCAUCUGAAGACCACCUCAGACGGAAAGACACAGCUGCUAGUCCGCGCUGACACCAACCUGGGUAACAUCCUGCUGAACAUCAUGGUCCAGCCCUCCAUACUCUGUUCCAGGAUGGGGAAGAACAACGUGAUGGUGAUGUGUGUUCCUAACCCUGUCGUGGACCACAACAACCCUAGCAACCCUGUCGCCAUGCUGAUCAGGGUCAAAACCGCAGAGGACGCUGAUGAACUGCACAACAUACUGGAGGAGAAGAAAGCUUAGAGGACGAGCCCCCUGGAGGGGGGUACAGGCUGCCCCCACUCCACCCUUCUGCCUAUCAACUAACCCCAGGGCCAGUCUUGUACCCCUCCACCCCAGGGCCAGUCCUGUACCCCUCCACCCCAGGUCCAGUCCUGUACCCCUAGCCCCUCCACCCCAGGGCCAGUCCUGUACCCCUCCACCCCAGGUCCAGUCCUGUACCCCUAGCCCCAGGUCCAGUCCUGUACCCCUAGCCCCAGGUCCAGUCCUGUACCCCUAGCCCCUCCACCCCAGGGCCAGUCCUGUACCCCUAGCCCCUCCACCCCAGGGCCAGUCCUGUACCCCUCCACCCCAGGGCCAGUCCUGUACCCCUCCACCCCAGGGCCAGUCCUGUACCCCUCCACCCCAGGGCCAGUCCUGUACCCCUCCACCCCAGGUCCAGUCCUGUGCCCCUCCACCCCAGGUCCAGUCCUGUACCCAGUCCUGUACCCCUAGCUCCUCCACCCCAGGGCCAGUCCUGUACCCCUCCACCCCAGGGCCAGUCCUGUACCCCUCCACCCCAGGGCCAGUCCUGUACCCCUCCACCCCAGGGCCAGUCCUGUACCCCUAGCCCCUCCACCCCAGGGCCAGUCCUGUACCCCUAGCUCCUCCACCCCAGGGCCAGUCCUGUACCCCUCCACCCCAGGGCCAGUCCUGUACCCCUCCAUCCCAGGGCCAGUCCUGUACCCCUCCACCCCAGGGCCAGUCCUGUACCCAGUCCUGUACCCCUAGCUCCUCCACCCCAGGGCCAGUCCUGUACCCUCCACCCCAGGGCCAGUCCUGUACCCCUCCCACCCCAGGGCCAGUCCUGUACCCCUCCACCCCAGGGCCAGUCCUGUACCCCUCCACCCCAGGGCCAGUCAUGUACCCCUCCACCCCAGGGCCAGUCCUGUACCCCUAGCCCCUCCACCCCAGGGCCAGUCCUGUACCCCCUCCCAGCCCCUCCACCCCAGGGCCAGUCCUGUACCCCUAGCCCCUCCACCCCAGGGCCAGUCCUGUACCCAGUCCUGUACCCCUAGCUCCUCCACCCCAGGCCAGCCAGUCCUGUACCCCUCCACCCCAGGGCCAGUCCUGUACCCCUCCACCCCAGGGCCAGUCCUGUACCCCUCCACCCCAGGGCCAGUCCUGUGCCCCUCCACCCCAGGGCCAGUCCUGUACCCCUCCACCCCAGGGCCAGUCCUGUGCCCCUCCAUCCCAGGGCCAGUCCUGUCCACCCCUCCAUCCCAGGGCCAGUCCUGUACCCCUCCACCCCAGGGCCAGUCCUGUACCCCUAGCCCUCCACCCCAGGGUCAGUCCUGUACCCCUCCACCCCAGGGCCAGUCCUGUACCCCUAGCCCCUCCACCCCAGGGCCAGUCCUGUACCCCUAGCUCCUCCACCCCAGGGCCAGUCCUGUACCCCCUCCACCCCAGGGCCAGUCCUGUACCCCUCCAUCCCAGGGCCAGUCCUGUACCCCUCCAUCCCAGGGCCAGUCCUGUACCCCUCCACCCCAGGGCCAGUCCUGUACCCCUAGCCCCUCCACCCCAGGUCAUGUUUAUUUUAACCCUCUUUAUCCUUGCCUGUCUCACUGACAACUCUCCAAUCUCGAAUGGCCCCUAUUCCCUAUCUAGUGCACUACUAGACCAACUAUGUCAUCUGGAACUAGUGAACUAGAAAGGGGAUAGGAUAGCCAUUUUGUCAUGUGAUGCCAGAGGGGUCGUCUACAACAAGUUUUAUCUUCACACACCUGGACUGGACACACCUGGACUAAACUCACCUGUACUAGACACACUGUCACACAGAAACACACCUGGACUAGACACACACCUGGACUAGACACACCUUGACUAGACACACCUUGACUAGACACACCUUGACUAGACACACCUUGACUAGACAUACCUGGACUAGACAUACCUGGACUAGACACACCUGGACUAGACAUACCUGGACUAGACACACCUGGACUAGACAUACCUGGAGUAGACACACUGUAACACAGAGACACACCUGGACUAGACACACCUGGACUAGACACACUGUAACACAGAGACACACCUGGACUAGACACACCUGGACUAGACACACCGUAACACAGAGACACACCUGGACUGGACACACCUGGACUAGACACACCUGGACUAGACACACUGUAACACAGAGACACACCUGGACUAGACACUGUAACACAGAGACACACCUGGACUAGACACACCUGGACUAGACACACUGUAACACAGAGACACACCUGGACUAGACACACUGUAACACAGAGACACACCUGGACUGGACACACCUGGACUAGACACACCUGGACUCUAGACACACCUGGACUAGACACUGUAACACAGAGACACACCUGGACUAGACACACCUGGACUAGACACACCUGGACUAGACACACUGUAACACAGAGACACACCUGGACUAGACACA